UUUUGAAAAGAUAGACUACAGGCCUCUUUGUAUUAAGGUGAUGUUACAAAUAACGCUGGAAGCGCAGAGUUGAAUCUUUUGCCGACAAGAAAAUUGCUGCUCUUGACACUAAGCACUUUCCAUAAUUUUUGUAACACUUACAAUCAAUUACAAGUCACGAUUGCAACCAAUGUGAGGUGAAGGUGUUGAGAAAACGAGGAUAACAUGGAAAAAUCCACUGCCCUGGAGCACUCGGAGGCUGGAAUGGCGCCAUCUUCAAGAAUGAAAUCCUCUUAGUGUGCAUCUGAGAGUACGGGUUGCAGUCGGAAUCCUAUUCACUACUAAUCUCAGUUAAGUAGGAUCCGCAGCUCGUAAAAUCAGGAGUGGACUCAUGAAAAACAGAGUCAAUCAUUAAAAUCCAACCCACACCACGUGCGCGCGUGUUUCGGUUUUAUGUGUAACCUUAACAACUCAAACCAAAAAAAUUGUUAAAUUGCCUCUUGGCUUGUGAUUUUUGUAAAAUGACGCAGAAUUUUGAAUGAAUUUUCGUGUUCAGUGAAUAGUGCCCAUGGAAACUUUGACUUUUGGAGAUGCACAAUUGCACAAGUAAGAUUGAAAAAGUUCAAUCUAAUGCGCCCUCUUGGCUGUAAGCUCUUUUCAACGCCCUGUCCUUCAAGAUUCAGCUACUUCAGGACUUUCCAUCUGCCUUCUCGAAAGCAGCGCAAAACUGCGUAGAUCAAUCGUCGUAGAUCAAUCAGUCCGUUCAGACCAUAGUUUCUCUCUACAAGUAGGAGUCUUCAGUAUGGUCUUAAAAAGUGUGGUAUCCAUAUUUUUGGCUAUCAUAGCUGUAACUUUUAAUGUACCGUUCACGUCAUGUUUCCCUACAAAGUUACCCCGUGGCUUUGUUUACAUCAAGGAUGUAGACGCUACCAUAAUUGAAAAUAUGCGAUAUUAUACAUCCGAAAAUUUUAUCGGAAAGAGACUUGAUGGAUAUCUAGGUAAAGAUCUAAUUUUAACCAAAGUUGCCGCCAAAGCGCUAUCGAAUGUGCAACAAGAACUACGAAAAGACGGAUAUUCCUUGGUUGUUUACGAUGCAUACCGUCCUCAGGAAACAGUGGAUCAGUUUGUCAGAUGGGCCAAGGAUGUAGGCGAUCAAUCAACGAAAGAAAAAUACUAUCCUAAUAUUGACAAAGAGAUAGUCUUAAAAGCGGGAUAUAUCACCAAGACUUCAGGUCAUAGUCGAGGUAGUACUGUUGACUUGACCAUUAUCAAACUCGGCGAGAAAGUGAAAAACAUUACUAGUGAAAGACGUGUCUUAAAAGACGGCAGCAUAAUUACUUACCUUAAUGAUGGCACAGUUGAUGCGGGAAGCUCCUUUGAUUUGUUCGAUAGAGCGUCUCAUCAUGAUAGUGAAAUCAUUGAUAAAAAAUAUUUGGAGAUGCGUAAUCUUCUAAGGAGUGCCAUGAGGAAACAUGGGUUUUAUGAAUUUGAUAAAGAAUGGUGGCAUUACACUCUGGAGAACGAGCCUUUUCCAACUACCUUCUUCAACUUUCCAAUCGCGUAGUGGAAUCCCGUUCAGUAAUUUACUCGACAUAUUUUUUUAACUUGCGCAAGUGACUUACGUGCAGUUGAGUUUAAAAUUGUAUUGAUCAUUUAUCUUGUGCGGGUCUCCAAACGAAUCUUGAUAUUUUUUAACCCUGAGAUUUGAACGCGGUGUUUAUCGUGUAAAUGUGUAUCUAAGUACCUGAGAAGCGCCCUUUGAUUGCCAUAUUUUAUAUCAGUAAGAUUUUCAUGCGAUUUCUAAAUGAGAAUUUCAUUUUAGUGGAAAGACCGUAAAAUAAAAAAAAACU